AUGGGUGUCGAGAAGAAGACUCUCUCCGCCGGCAACGGUGUCGACUUCCCCCAGAAGGGUGACAACGUCGCUAUCCACUACACUGGCUGCCUCUACGAUGCCAGCAAGGCCGACAACCACUUCAUGGGUGACAAGUUCGACAGCUCCCACAACCCCAACCGUGGCCCCCUCGCUACCCCCAUCGGUGUCGGCCGUCUGAUCAGAGGUUGGGACGAGGGCGUUCCUCAGAUGAGCCUCGGCGAGAAGGCCAUCCUGACCAUCAGCUCUGACUACGGCUACGGUCCCCGGGGCUUCCCCGGUCUGAUCCCCGAGAACUCCGCCUUGGUCUUCGAGGUCGAGCUCCUGAAGAUCAACAACAAGACUGUCUAA